ACCCUGUACAGGAGCCGUGUGGUGUUGUUAGUGUUCUGCGCCGCUGCAGUUCCGCCACACGGUGUCACUGUUGCGCUCUCGGUGGUUUUCUCAGCGCUGCAUGCUUUCUGCUGUGUGAGAGUGUUGGAGUUUAAGUUGGCGUGGUGUUUUUAAGAGGGCUUUAUCUGGUUUACACUCUGUCCCAUGGUUCUUCCCUUCUUUAGGACUUUUCUCUCUAUUUCCCGGACUCGGCUCUAAUCUUCUGUGAAACCCAACAGCCACAGAAAGGGCAAACUUUAAAAAAAAAAAAAAAAAACACCACCCGGGCAACAUGGACAUGAAGAAGAGGAUCCAUUUGGAGCUCAGAAACAGAACACCGUCUGAUGUGCAGGAGCUCGUGUUGGAGAACUGCAGGUCCAACGAGGGGAAGAUUGAAGGCCUCACAGCUGAAUUUGUCAAUCUGGAAUAUCUCAGUUUGAUAAAUGUCGGGUUAAUCUCGGUGUCCAACCUGCCCAAACUCGCCAAGCUCAGAAAGUUGGAACUCAGUGAUAACAGAAUCUCUGGCGGCCUCGAUGUUUUAGCGGAGAAACUGCCGAAUCUGACGCAUCUGGACCUGAGUGGAAACAAACUGAAAGACAUCAGCACGUUGGAACCUCUGAAAAAACUCGACCACUUGAAGAGUCUCGAUCUUUUCAACUGUGAAGUGACGAAUCUGAACGGUUAUCGGGAGAGCGUGUUCAAACUGCUGCCUCAGCUCACAUACCUGGACGGAUAUGACGCCGAGGACCGCGAAGCUUCCGACUCAGACGGUGAGGUAGACGGCGUGGACGAGGAAGAUGAUGAGGACGGUGAGGAGGAAGAGGAGGAGGACGGUGAGGAGGAAGACUUUGAUGAAGAGGAUGAAGACGAGGAUGAGGACGAGGUAGAAGGAGAGGAAGAUGAUGACGUCAGUGGAGAGGAUGAGGAGGAAGACUUCGGUCAGGACGGAGAGGUGGACGAUGAAGACGAGGAUGAUGAUGAUGACGAUGAAGAGGACGCCGCCGCUGUGACGAAGGGAGAGAAAAGGAAGCGAGAAGCCGAUGAGGACGACGACGACGACGAUGAGUAAAAUCCAACCGGCCAAUCAGCUUCCUCUCCUCUUUAACCCCAGCUUCCUGUGUUUUUUUUUUUUUUAAAUACUCACUGACCUCAUUUGCCCCGCCCCUCAAUUUCCCCCUAUGUAUUUCUACCCCAAUGGGGACAAGACUGUACCGUGUGGGCGGGGCAUGUGGAACAGAGAGAGAGAGAGCGUGCUAUUGGUCACUGCACUCCACAGCAUUCCAUAUGUUCAACUCCAAACCCUGUCCAUGUUCCACCCAAGCCCCACCCCUUCCGUGUGUGUGUGUGUGAAGAGCCUGUGUAAGGACUUUGGGGAUCUAGUUUUGGGUCUGUGCUUUUAAUGUUUUGUUGAAGCAUUUAAUUUUUUUUUUCUUGUUCUUUUAUUUUUUGCCUCCUUUUGGUUCACUCUCAGUAAGAUUGUUGCUAUACCAACCGUGUGACAGCUGAGCCAUCGUUUUUAGCGUGGCGGCUCGUCACACACCUCAGCGUCACUGCUAAAUUUUUACUUUCUGUAAGACGAAAAAUACAAGGUUUGUAAAUAAAAUGACAUUUUGUGCUU